ACAUUCCUGUACAAUAAUAAAUUAUUCCACGUGUACAUAUUGUUUAUGAUAUUUUUCUCCUUUUUCUUUUCCCUCUUUUCCAGAGCUAAAAGAAUCAAAGAUCGAGAUGAGUGAAGAGCUAACUUCCCUUAGAGGAUAUUUAGAAAGACUCUUAUCCACAAUCAUGAACAAUAACCCAGAGCUAUUGGAGCUGGCAAAAGAAUAGCUGUAGCACAUAGUGCGUGUGUGUAUGUGUGUCUUCACUUUUAAAAUCCUUACAUGAGAUCCUAGUGACUAUAUUAAAUCAUUGUUACUACAUUUUGUCAAUCAAUUGUUUUAUGACUCUUAUUUAUUUAUUUUUUAUGUAGAAAAAAAUUAAAAACCAUUAUUCUAUUUUUGUAUAAUUAAUUUUAAUGCGUGGGUGGUGUGUUUUCAGCUCCGCCUCUUAUUACUGUUAAAAGUCUAAACUCUAAAGUUUGUGACUGCCAAAAUGUCUGUAUUCAAGUUUGCUCUUGCUGUCCUGCUUGUUUCUUCUCUCUGGCACUCCUCUCUCUCCUUAGAUAAUGGCGUAGCCCUAACCCCACCGAUGGGCUGGCUGGCGUGGGAGAGAUAUGCAUGCAAUACAAACUGCAAGGAUGAUCCUGAUAACUGUAUCGGUGAGAAGCUCUUCAUGCGAAUGGCUGACCAUAUUGCAUCUGAUGGUUUUAAAGAUGCUGGCUAUCAAUACAUUAACAUUGAUGACUGCUGGGCAUCAAAGGAAAGGGAUUCACAAGGACGUCUUCAAGCUGACCCUGAUCGCUUCCCUAGCGGUAUAGCCGCACUAGCUAACUAUGUACAUUCCAAAGGACUAAAGUUAGGAAUAUAUGCAGACUAUGGCACUCAUACUUGUGGUGGAUAUCCUGGCAGUGGACCAUCGAUGAAACUUGAUAUUGACACAUUUGCCAGUUGGGGCAUUGACAUGUUAAAGAUGGACGGCUGCAAUGCUAAUAUAGAUGGAAUGCCCCAAGGCUACAAGCAAGUCUCCGACUAUCUGAAUGCUACUGGACGCCACAUUGUCUUUUCUUGCAGCUGGCCUGCAUACUGGGUGGGAUCUGGAAAAACAGUAAAUUAUACUUAUGCUGGUGAAACUUGUAACCUUUGGAGGAAUUACCAUGAUAUAUCGGAUAGCUGGGAUAGCGUGACAUCAAUUAUUGAUUAUUAUGCUAAGGAAGAGGAUGAUCUCAUUCCAGCAGCUGGACCUGGACACUGGAAUGAUCCAGACAUGUUGAUUGUUGGAGAUUUUGGUUUAAGUGUCGAUGAGCAGCAGGCACAGAUGGCAAUUUGGUCUAUUUUAUCAGCUCCUCUUCUAAUGUCAAACGAUUUGAGUACCAUUUCAGAUGAAUCAAAAGCAAUCCUACAAAACAGUGAUGUGAUAUCAGUAAGUCAGGAUAAACUUGGCCAUCAAGGAAAAGUUGUGGCAACAGUAGGUAAAGUACGUGUUUUCUCAAAGUUGCUGUCCGAUAACUCAAUGGCUGUUGUUUUCUUCAACUCUGGUUCAUUUGCUGGCCCUCAAAAUGUCACUGUUACCUUUCAGACAGUUGGCUUGAGCUCUUCAAAGGCUACCGUUAAGGAUCUUUUCCAACAGAAAGAUUUAGGAACAUUCCAAGGUAGUUUCACAACUCCUGUUGAUCCCUCCAGUGUUGUCAUGGUAAAAAUGACUCCUGCCUAAUGUUAUUACUAAAGCUAUCUAAUUAAUUUUAUAUCAUGUAUACGUAUUUUUGUAUUACUAUGCUGUAAAUGCUGCAAUUGCUACUGCUGCAUUGCUCUAAAUAUUAUGUACUCUUGCUAUUAGUUUUAUUAUUAUUUUUAUUAUUAUUUUAUUUAUUACUUUUGCUAUUAUUUAAGUCAUA